UUGGUUUCAGCGAUGAGCCGUGUGGGCGGCUGCAGAGAGGAAACAGGGGGAACACCAACCUGGAUACGGGAUGCUUUUGAGUCGGACCGGUCUAAUGACGCAACGGGUUUACUCAUCGCAGCUUAAAACUGUGAGGGACAGGACGAUAAUUGCAGGGAUUCCCGGCUCUCCUCCGAUCGAGAUCUGGCUGAAGCUGACGGAUAUAACGUGACAGCUUCACGGACAUCGGGAAAUUAGCCUCUCCGGACACCAGAUGUGAACUUUCGGCAUGGCAAACAUCACGCUGGCUUUUCUGUUAUUCGCUCUCAUUGGAGGAGCGCGCACGCUGGUGUUAGGAUCUGAAACGGUGUUCUCCAACGCGUCCAGGAAAGUUCUUACCACAUCUGGCAAAGAAUGUAAGUUCCCAUUUCGUCAGGGUGGAAGGAUUCAUCACGACUGCGUCACCAUCUCCAGCUCCAAGCCAUGGUGCUCCCUCACUCACAACUUUGAUCGGGACAGACAGUGGGGCUUCUGUGUGCAAUCUGGUGGCAUGUCUCGUCGGGGCCUUGAUCCCUGUCGGGGGAAUAACCCGUGCCAGAAUGGAGGCAUAUGCACACCAAUGCCACAAACCGGCUCUUUUCAGUGCUCGUGUCCCGAGGAGUUCACCGGGAGACAGUGCGAGCAAAAGAAGUGCUACGAAGCCGCACACCUGCGGCAUUAUGACACCGGAGAGUCUUGGGGACGAAUUCACCUUCGCAACGUGGAACAGUGCACAUGUGAGGCGGGGGAAAUCAGCUGUCAAAGAGUCCACUACACAAAGUGCCUCAAAAACCCUUGUAAAAAUCAGGGAACAUGUCGUCUGAUUACAUCCACCGGAAAGGAGGCGUGUUACUGCAAACACGGUUACGGUGGACCUGACUGCAGCCUUGUGCCAGAGACUGAGUGCUACAAAAGCAGGGGCACGGGCUACAGAGGAGUGGUGGGCACCACGGAGUCCGGCACCAGGUGUCUGCCCUGGAACUCCGACCUGCUCUUCGACGAGCUCCACGUCGGCACGGUGAACUCGCCGACCCUCAAGGGUCUCGGGGAGCACGGCUUCUGCAGAAACCCAGAUGGGGACAAGAAGCCGUGGUGCUACACGGUUACUGACAGCGCCAUCUCCUGGGAGUACUGCGACGUCCCCUCCUGCGUGACGUCCGCUUCUUUUUCUCGAAGGCUUACCCUACUGAACGCCCUGCCUAACGCCGAAAAACCCAAGCCUGCCAAGCCAGCCAGAAAUCCUGUGUGCGGGGUGAAACACAAAAAGAGGCUAGCGGUACCCAUGCCUCGGGUAUUUGGGGGAUACGCGGCCCUGCCGGGAACUCAUCCCUGGAUGGCGGCCAUUUAUAUCGGCUCGUCAGACUUCUGCGGCGGGAGCCUGAUCUCUUCCUGCUGGGUCCUCUCUGCUGCUCACUGCUUCUUCAGCAGCCCCCUGAAGACUCAGCUUCGCGUGGUUCUCGGUCAGCACCACUUCAACGUCACCGGUCCCAACACUCAGACCUUUGCUGUGGAGGACUACGUCUUCCCGAGACAGUACUCCGUCUUUAAUCCGACGCUCCACGACAUCGUUCUAAUCAAGCUGAAAAAGCAGAAUGGGCGUUGCGUGAGGAGAACCCCGUUCAUCAGGCCCAUCUGCCUCCCAGAAAAAAGCAUGAAGUUUCCUGCAGGCUACUGCUGUUUUAUCAGCGGCUGGGGACGCACGCGUGAACGGCCAGAUGGUUACUCUACUCUGCAGGAGGCAGGAGUCAGGCUGAUUUCUCAUGACAUCUGCAAGAUGCCACAGGUGUACGGAAACCACGUCACCGACGACAUGAUCUGUGCCGGGCUAAGUGGAUGUGUGGAUGCAUGCCAGGGCGACUCUGGGGGCCCGCUGGCUUGUGCGAAGGGUGACGUCAGCUUCCUGUACGGGAUCAUCAGCUGGGGCGAGGGCUGCAACCAGCCGGGAAAACCUGGAGUUUACACGAACGUGGUCAAGUAUCUCGACUGGAUCCAUUCGGUAAUCAAGCGGAAAAACAGGACGUCUUGACAAGCGCAUCACCUGGGAAAUUAGGCGUACUAUCUGUGAUACUGUGUAGUUUAUAUAUGGUGUUUUACUUGUUGUAUAUUUUCAUACUAAUUUUGGAAGUAAAUGAAAUAUAUAUAUAUUUUAACUGUGAAAUACUAUACAGUGACUGAAUGAAUCACUUGACAAACUUUGUGCGUUUUUAAGACCAAUAAAAAGUGCUUUAAACAAAA